AUGGCACUCCACGCCUCCCACCCUUUCCUCCGCAUCCUCGUCUCUCUCUCCGUCCUCGCGACCCUCGCCUCACUCGCUGCAGCGCAGCCUCAGCAGCGCGGCAUAGUGGAUCUGAAGACCAUUCCCGAGAAUUCCGUGUCGUCGUGGUCGCUGCAGGGCCCGCCAGCGCUGCGCAAGGAGAGCACUCCAGGGCAGUUCAAGCUGGUGGGGCCUGUCGUUAUCAACGUGCUUAAGGUCAUCCGCCCGCAGUUCACUCCCAUCCAAGCUGAGUGGUUGUCUUCCAAUCUGACGUCGGACCCUGCCACGUGGACAGCUUCCAUAGGUCCACCUUCAGGCGCCAACGAGUUCGCCAACCUUACCUUCCAGAACCCCGUCGUACAGAUCUGGGGUGGGCGGUUUGACAUCGACAACACCACGAGCGACUAUUCCUUCAAGCCCAACAACACGAGGCUGGUCUUCUCCCGCGUGUCCGGCACCCUGCUGCGAUCCGAUGUGAACAAACAAAAUGUGGUGAUCACGCUCCCUGCAGGAAACAUCCCGACACUGAAUGGGAAAUUCAUCCGAAGGGGUCCUGUCUUUGAGCUUAUUUCUGGUGGCGAGCUUGACAUUCCACUCCGUGCAUUGGUUGAUGCUCUUGGCGUGGAACCAGGCCCACCUCCUCCUGGCCCAAAUUUCCCUGACGAGGUGGUCAUGAAAGUCAACCUCAGCCUGCAAGCCAUUGUCCUAGCCUCCCUCUCGGCAGUCCUGCUUCUUUCCACGUUUGCAGCACCGGCUUGUGCGCAGAAACCGCCACGCGUGAUGCGCGGAUUGGUGGACCUCAACACGAUUCCUGACAACUCCGUAUCGACGUGGUCGCUGGAGGGGCCGCCUGGACUGAGAAAGGAGAGCACUCCGGGGCAGUUCAAGCUUGUGGGGCCUGUUGUUAUCAACGUGCUCAGGGUCAUCCGGCCGCAGUUCACGCCCAUCUUUGUAAACCCUGCCACGUGGACGGCGUUCAUCGCGCCACCCGCAGGCCCGAACGAGUUCGCAAACCUAACCUUCGACAACCCACAGGUGCAGAUCUGGGGCGGGCGCUUCCCCAUCGACAACACCACGAGCGACUACUCCUUCCAGCCUAACAACACCAAGCUGCUCUUCUCCCGCGUCUCCGGCUCCCUCCUGCGCAACAACGUGGACGAGCAGAACGUUGUCGUUGACAUUCCCGAGGCUAAUGCGCCCACUCUCAACGGGAAAUUCAUCCGCCGCGGGAAAAUCUUCGAGCUCCUUUCUGGCGGAUCUUUUGACGUGCCGCUCCGCUCCGUGAUCGAAGCUCUUGGGGGUACCACACCCCCCGGGCCCACCCCGCCUGGAGCAGCGGCAGUUAUGCGUGUGAACCUUAACCUGCAGGGGAUUGGGCAGCAGCCGCCCAGUGCCCUCCGCCCCUACCCUGCCCCCUCUGCUCCGGGCAUGGAGCCUCCCCCUCUGGCUGGUGUCCCCACUGCUGCACCUACUCCCCCAGGUUGCGCACCUGUGCCUGCCCCUGCACCUGCCCCCACCCCUGCUCCCACCCCAGCCCCUGCGCCUACACCUGCUGCUGGGGGUAAGAACCCUCCCCCUCCUCCUGGGGCUGCUCCUGGCCGUGCUCCUGGGGCUGCACCCGGUGCUGCUCCCGGCGGGGCUCCUGGGGCUGCACCCGGUGCUGCUCCCGGCAGGGCUCCUGUGGCUGCACCCGGUGCUGCUCCCGGCGGGGCUCCUGGGGCUGCACCUGGCCGUUCCCCUGGUGCUGCUCCAGGAGCUGCCCCCACAGGUUGA